AUAGUAAUAAUUUAUUGAAUUUUUCUGCGCCAAAGGAUCCCUUUUUGAUGAGUUACGAAGAAUUUUUGGACUCUGAAAUGAAGAGUUCGCUUUCUAAAUUUUUUAGCCGUUGGUUUGGAUUGUACGGAAAGAAACCUCGGGUCAUGUUUUAUUCAAGGCGAUUGUAUUCUGUUUGCUUGAAACACACUUCUCACCCUUGUUUUGAUGAAAGUUCGAUUUUAUAGUAUUUGUAACUGCGAAAAUCUGUUAAUCGUUUUUGAAUUUCCCGACACUUUUCACUCGUGGUGGCUGAAGACUAUCCUCCACGUCUGGUUUUCUACCUGUCGGCUGAAUCUUUGUUCCGCUGAGACUGAAGCUCUCAGUAAGGAACUCUUUAGUUUAUUUUUAGACGACAUUGAACACCGUUUACUGCUGCUCGGAAUUAACAGUGACAUCUUUGUUAUUCGUAUGACGAAGGAAUAUUACAAGUUGUCUGUGUGUCUUAUGUGUUCACUUGAUAAAGGCAUUCUGGGAACUGAUUGCGAGUUAUCCUCAGUUUUGUGGGAACAUGUUUUUAGCAGUACUUGCACGGUUGAGGCGCUGGCGUCAAUGGUAAAGUACAUACGAAGCGAACUUCAAUACUUGGACUCACAAAACGAAAACGACAUCCUUCAAGGAAGGGUUUAUUUUAGACUACCCCUGCCCGCUUUAUAUUUAUAAAGCAGUUGAUUAGCGACUUCUCUGCUUGACCACAACGAAAUCUUUCAGUCA